AUGGCAGGCCUUACUCUCCCUCUGGUUGGCACCCAGCUACAAGUCGCUCUGGUACUUCUCAUCGUUGCUCCUUCGUUCAUUCUCUUCGGAUACAACCAAGCGGUCUUGGGCAGUCUACUCAGCCUCCAAAGUUGGGUGUCAGUGUUCCCAGCCAUAGACACUAUAAACACCGCGGGAGCACAAAAGUCCCAUAACUCGACAUCCCAGGGUGCAUGCAAUGCCUCGUUUCAGAUAGGAUGUCUGAUCGGUGCUCUAUCCCUUUCUCUGUACGGCGAUAAACUCGGACGUCGAAAGACAGUUUUCAUCGGAGCUGUGAUCACCGUCGUCGGUCAGGCUCUGCAGGUCUCCGCAACCACAUUGAUCCAGUUGGUCGUUGGACGAGUUAUCCUAGGGUUCGCUAUUGGCCAAAUCAGCGGCACGGUACCUGUAUGGCUAUCGGAAUGUGCCUCGCCGAAGUACCGCGGACAACUGGGAAUCUGUACGGGUAUCUUCAUCAGUACGGGAUACACAUUGUGCAACUGGAUUGAUUUGGGAUUCAGCUAUCUACCCCCUUCCACUGGACAAUGGAGAGCUCCGCUAGCUAUUCCCUUCCUCUUCUCGGCAAUGAUACUGGUUUCUGCUUUCACAUUCCCGGAAUCACCUCGUUGGCUGGUAUCUAGAGGCCGGGUCGAAGAAGCCACAACUAGUCUGUGCCGCUAUCGAGGGAAGAAUGCGCAUGAUGAGAUGAUUAUGGGCGAGAUAGCCCAUAUUCAGCUUGCUUUGGAGGGGAGUGGGACCAUGUCCGUCCUGGAUAUCUUCGAUCGCAAGGACAAGACGCGUCUCUUGUUGCGUUUUUGGCUCUGCAUGGGGCUGAACUUCUUCCAGCAGGCCUGCGGAGGCAACCUAAUAUCCGUUUACAGUUCCACUAUCUUCGAAAACUACCUACACAUGACGCCCACCAUGUCUAGAGUCCUAGCGUCCUGCGUACUAUCAUGGAAAACUCUCUGCUGCAUAAUAACAUUUUGGACUAUCGACAACUGGGGCCGUCGCCUAUCCUUCAUGGUAAGCGGAGCCGGUAUGUCCGUUUGCAUGGCCGUGCUAGCCGUCACCACCGGCUUGGGCAAAAUCACGCAUCCAAUGGCGAUAGCAUACGUUGCCUUUAUGUUUGUCUUCAACUUCUUCUACCCAAUCGGCUUCAUGGGUGGCAACUUUCUCUAUACAGCUGAGAUUGCGCCCGUGCGUCUGCGAGCGGCCAUGUCUUCGCUUGCAACUGCUAACCACUGGCUAUGGAAUUUGGUGGUCGUCUUAGUUACGCCGGUUGCUAUUGAUACGAUUGGGUGCUGGUACUACGUGAUCUAUGCGCUCAUAUCUGCGACGAUCCCGGUCUGCGUGUACUUCUUUUAUCCGGAGACGAUGCACCGUAGUCUGGAGAUGCUUGAUCGGGUGUUUGUGGAUGCCCCUUCUAUCUGGAAGAUUGUGCCGAUGGCCAGGGGGUUGCCGCUCGGGGAAGUCGGCACAGCAGAGAGUGGAGGUAAAGUGUCUGAAGAGAAAAAAGCGGAGGAUGUUGAUGGUAAUGUUGAGAUGAGGGAAUAUGUCUAG